AUGCCGGUUAAACAUUUCACUCCAGCUUGGAAGACGUUUCACCCUGUGAGAUCCCAACAGCAGAGAACAGACAAGAAGAAAAGGCAAGGGAAAAACUUAUUCCAAGCCUGCAGAGAGGGAAACUUGAGUCGGGUGAGGGACAUCUUGUCCAAGGGUCAAGUUUUCCUCAACAGGGGAGAACGGGGGAACGGAAGGACACCAGUGAUGCUGGCAGCACGAAGAGGACAUAUUGAUGUGUUUGACCUUCUAAAAAGUAAAGUAUGCAAUAUGUCCAUUCUUGACGUUCUUCAUAUGUUCUGCUAUGGAGGACAAGUUGCGAUGGUGAAGCAUGUCCUCAAGCUUGAUUCCGUGGACAUCAACAGUAGAGGACAGAAAGGGAGGACAUGUUUGAUGAUAGCGGCACAUAGGGGAAAAAGGGAACUUUUUAAAUUUCUUGUCAACACCGGAAGUAAUGUGUCCAUGGUAGAUCAAGUAGGGGACAACAUUCUUCAUAUCGCCUGUAAAGGAGGACACGUGGAGAUGGUGAAGUAUAUCAUCUCACGGCGCCUUGUAGACGUAAAUAGCAGGGGACAAGACAGUAAAACAGUUCUGAUGUUCGCAUUACUUGCAAGAAACAGGAAAAUAUUUGACUUAUGCGUUUGCGCUGGUUGUAAUUUAACGGCAGUUGAUGGUCAAGGUAACAACAUUCUUCAUUUGGCCCUUCAAUCAGAAAACCUGGAGAUGGUGAGGUAUAUCAUCUCACAGAACUUUACCGACAUCAACAGCAGGGGACCUAGCGGUUGGACUCCAGUGAUGUUUGCAGCAAUGUUUGGAGAAAUAGGGUUGUUUGACUUUAUAAUGAGCAAAGGAGGUGAUGCAUCGGUAGUUGAUGACGAUGGUCGCAACAUCCUUCACCUCGCCAGCCAUGAAGGACUGAUGAAGUUGGUGAAGCAUAUUCUUUCUAAAGAUAUUGUUGAUGUCAACGCCAGGACCAAGGACGGAGAGACAGCAGCUGAAAUUGCGAACAGAAAAUCAUACAGGGAACUGUCUGGUUUCCUUACAUCGCAAGGUCGACAGGGGAAGUAA